CAGCUUCAGGAUGGUUCAUUCCGCUUGUCCUGUGUUGUGUUACAUUUUGACGAAGAUGAUUUUCAUCUUUUUGUUGCUCUCAGGUGUGAUUGUUCAGAUUUCUGCUCUUAGGUUGAUAGAGCAGCCUCCACUGCAGUGCUCUCAGGAAGGCUUAUCCUGCAGUGUCCAAGUAAGCAGGCCGAACUGUUCAGUUAAAGAUUGGACGAAGCCGAGGUCCGAGGCUCCAAGUCCAUACCCCCAUGUAGAAUCCAGGGUGAAAUCCAAGGAAGAUGAGAGGAAUGAAACAGUUCCUGUGUUGUCUCUCACACUAACACAGUUUUCUGAUGCAAACAUAUACAGACUGCAGGGGAUGAAGAUACAUGUGCAUGAAAUGACCACAAACAACAGUCUGUGUGUUUGCUAUAUCUUCAAGAACAACUUUUCCUGGAUCCAGCGGCCAGACUUUGAGCCAUGGUCUUUUGCGCUUGAUCAGAUUGUCCUUGAUCCAGGAAUGGCAUAUCAGGUUUCUGUGUCUAAUUUACCAAAGCCAGAUGUUGGGGGAAAUGCAAAAUUGAUAAAUAUAACAGUUCCAGGUUGUGAACAUCGUAAACUCCGAAGUCUCCGUGUGUGCUUGGAGAACGGCAGCCUUUGGGAUCACAACAUGACAUGGUCCGUGAGAGACAACUGGGGAAAUGGACUUAUGAUUGAAGUGAUAUUUAAUACAGCACCCUUCUCUGACAUGUACAAAGUAUACAUUCAGUCUGCUGACCUCCACACGGAGCUCUCACACAAAGUCUCAAAGGACAAUCAUACUUCAAUCAGCGUCAAUUUCUCUCUGAACCCUUGGCAGUCAGAACAUUGUGAGGUCUUCUUUGGGAUCAAACCAUUCUUUAUACGAUGCAUGGAAAAGUGUUCACAUCACCAACAAAAGGUUAAUCUUUGCUCCUAUUAUACCAUUCGAUCAACCAAGAGACAACACAUGGUUUGGAUGCUUUUUGGCCAAGCUGGACUGCUUUUCUUUGCUUUCACAGCAUUUUUACUGCAUAACAGAAUUAGAACCAUUCAUACAGAUCUGUCUUCCUCUUCUCAUAACACCACGGACAAGGGCAACCUGGAAACGGUUCCAGUCCAAGAGCGCAGUAAAGUCUUGAUCAUCUACUCUCAGGACCACCCCAUGUACACAGAGAUUGUCCUGAAGCUGUGUGCGUUCCUCAUGGCUGAAUGUGGAAUUGAAGUCACACUUGACCUGCUGGACUCUACAUGCCUCAGCACUAUAGGCAGCAUCCAGUGGCUGGACAUGCAGAGGAAGAUACUUGCCAAUACUUCUGAUAAAAUACUCAUCUUGUGUUCUCCAGGGGUCUGUGCCAAGUGGAAUGCCAUGUGUGGAGGGCGCAGGGUGGUGACCCGGGAGGAUGUCUGUUCACCCAUGGGGGAUAUGCUAACUCCGGCUCUCAGCCUCAUCAUACCGGAAUUUGUGCGCGCGCCAUCUUUUGGGAAGUACGCCAUAGCUUACUUUGAUGAUGUGUGCAGUGAGAAGGAUGUACCUGCUGUGUUUCACGUGGCUGUAAAGUACCAGCUAAUGAAACAAUUUGAAGAGCUCUUCUUCAGACUCCUGAACAAGGAGAAAUAUGAACCUGGAAGGAUUAAACACAUUGAUGGCAUUGGAGAAGAUGGCUACUACAGUUGCCCAGCCUUAAAAGACGCCAUUAAGGCAUUUCAGGCAUACCAACUAAAGAACCCAAACUGGUUUGAAAUGGAGCUCGUCGAUACACAUGAAGAAUUUGAGGGGAAUGACCUUGAGCAGGAGGAUGGUACAGAAAACAGCGGUUAUUGCGUUCUUCAUAACAAACUGCUGAUCAAUGAGAUCUCAGUUCCUGUACUCACUAACAUUGUCAAAGGUCAAUAACAUGAAACAAAGCAGUUUUUAUUAUCUGAAACUACACUCAGCUUGAGUAGAGUCAGAUCGAUCACACAUGAAAGAAAGAGAAAAGCGGAAGAAAAAAACAACAGUGCUGUGACACCCUUCUUCAUUAGCAGGAAAUGAAUCAUUUUAAAGGUUAUUGAUGGAUAAAUUGAUAGAUGUACUUACUUUAUUGAUACCUGAGUAGGACUUUGGAGGAAUUUAUGUAAAUUGUGGCAUAUAAUCAGUAAUGGAACAAAUGAUCAGAUGCAUGUAACAUUUUCUUGGAUGAUUAUUGAUAAUAUUUUCAGUAGUAAGAAAUCAUACUGAGAAAAAUAUAUUCAAGGUAAUCUCAUCUCAUCUCAUUAUCUCUAGCCGCUUUAUGUGAUUUAAUUAAAAUUAUAGAAAUCGAUAGACUUUGGAAUAUUUAGGCAUAAUGUGAUUUUGAUGCAAGCACUGAGUUGACAUCAGCAAAAAUUGGGUAUUUAUCAUCAUAUAUACUUGCUAACGUCAUUAUAACACACAUUGUACCUGAGCCUACUAUUGUCUUAAUGAAAUUAAUUUUUUUAUACAGAAAAAAAUACCAUAAAGCACCGUGAACACUAUUAAAUGAAAAAGUCAGUAUUUGGCAUGACAACCUGUUGAUUAAAACAUAGUAGUCUCAGGUACAAUUUGUGCAAUUUUUUAGGAAACGAGCUGUUAAGUUUAAAAUGGAAAUGUUUACAUAUAAAUAAACUUCAUUGUAUUUUUGUAAGAUAAAUGUAUUAUAUUUAUCCUUUUUUAUAUUUGCAAAUGUCAGCGAUUUUAUCUUGAGAGUUUAACUGAAAAAAAGCUGAUUUUAUCUUUCAUGUUUUUCACUACAUAUUUUUAAGCAUGUGGGCGGCACGGUGGUGUAGUGGUUAGCGCUGUCGCCUCACAGCAAGAAGGUCCUGGGUUCGAGCCCCGGGGCCGGCGAGGGCCUUUCUGUGUGGAGUUGGCAUGUUCUCCCCGUGUCCGCGUGGGUUUCCUCUGGGUGCUCCGGUUUCCCCCACAGUCCAAAGACAUGCAGGUUAGGUUAACUGGUGACUCUAAAUUGACCGUAGGUGUGAAUGUGAGUG